AUGAGUGACAAAGCCGACGUCGAGCAUCCUUUGACUCCUACACGUGAGGAUCAAGCAACGUCAGAUGAAUCCUUCUCUGUCAUUUCUGAAAGUGCCGUUGCCGACAAGCCUGCCGAUUCCGAUGAGAAUGAAUGGAAAAACGUCUCGAGCGACAAUUCAGACGACGAUCAAGGCAAGCGAGCUACCAGCCACCCUCUCCAGCAAAGCUCUGCGAUAGACGUGUCGGCCUAUAGCAAUGAUACAUGGUCUCAACAACAAGAGAGCUCGCUCCUUGACGCUGAAGGAUUGCCCAAUGCUCAAGACGGUGAUAGUGGCGCCACCACUCCUGUAAAGGAACGUGAGAUCGAAUUGGAUUCAGAUACCUCUCAUGUCAAGGGCUUUGCCAACGCUGGUGACAUUGACGGCAUCGCUGAUCUGGAGGUGGAAGGACAGCUCCCUGAAUGGCUCAAUGGAGAACACUACACUAUUGGUCCUGGCACUUAUGAUAUCAGAUACACUCGCAAGAUUGAAAUCGAUGGAUUGCUUCAAAGUGCAACAGCUACCUUCAGCUUUGGUCAUUGGUUUGAUGGUCUUCCUUUGGCGAAUCGAUUCGAUUUCAACGGCAAACGCAAUGCUAUCACUUAUCGCAGUCGGUUGACAUGUCGACGCUUGGUGGAGAAGAUUCGUGAUCACCAUGGCUAUGCACCACCUCAUCCUGCUGGUUUAUUCAAGACCGAUAGUAACCAAACGAUGCUUGUCAAGUUUUUGAAAUCUGCCCCAAAAGCCAACAAGCCCGAUGCUGAACCUUGUGCUGCUCGUAUUUUGGCUGGUAUCCCUGGUGUCGAUGGUCGUCUUUUUGCUCAGAAUUAUGCAAAUCACAUUCAAGAGCUUGAUCCAUUUGAUCUCAAACCUACUCGAGUGCUCUGUUGGGAUGAAGUGAAUCCAGCAUUCAAAGGCUAUAGCUCAUGUCCCAACGGCCAAUACGAUCCACAAACUGGCGAAUACAUCAACUUCACCAUGGAGAUAGGUUAUCAGUCCACAAGCUACAACUUCUUCUCUAUCAGCGAUCGUAAUCCAAAAGGAAGCAUCAUUGCAUCUGUUACAGCUCCCACUGGCUACGUUCACAGCUUCUCAUUGACUCCAAAGUACAUUGUAUUGGUUGUCUUCCCCUUGUUGACAAAUACAGGAGCCGUCAAGUUUGCAUGGAAUGAAAGCAUCAUGGAUUCAUUCUCAUUUUAUCCAUCCGAACCCACGCUCUUUUACGUCAUUUCAAGAGACAAGGGACAACAUCUUGUAACUUACCGAGCUGAUGCCUGCUUUGCAUUCCAUCACGUGAAUGCCUACGAGGAUGGCCAUGACAACAUCAAUGUGGAUAUUCUUUGCUACAAGGAUGCUACGAUUGCACAUCAACUUACGACCGAGAAUAUGCGAAAUCCUUCUGAAAUGAAACCUUCUCGCCUUGCAUCAUCCGAAUUACGCCGUUUCGUUUUAUCCAACAUUGAAGACGAAAGUCUCAGCUACUUGACCAACAACAGUAUCCUGCCAACAGCAUCUGGAGUAGCUUCAAGAGUUUCAUCCAUGUGGAGCUAUCUUCGCGGCACCAAUGCAACAACGGAUGUGGAAAACUCAACAGCUCAACCUUCUGCUGCUGCCGCUGGAUGGUAUGCAACGCUCCCUGUAGCCUCCUCUGGACAGUUGGUUCAAUCAUCCAUGGAACUUCCUCAAGUAAAUCCAUUGUACAGAAUGCAUCGUCACAAGUAUGUCUACGGUGUGGGUUUCUCGGAAGAAAGUGAUGGCAAGAUUUGGGAUAGCAUCAUCAAGACCGAUAUCGAAACACACAAGGUGACAGCAACAUGGCAUCAAGAAAAUUGUUACCCAAGCGAAGCUGUAUUCAUUGGCAGACCAUCUGCAUCAGCUGACGAGGAGCUACAAGAAGAUGAUGGUGUAUUGGUUAGCAUUGUGCUUGACUCUGCACGGGCAACGUCAUUCUUGCUUGUGUUGGAUGCAUCCAGUUUGCAAGUACUGGCAAAGGCCUACCUAGGAGUUUUGGUUCCAUUGAGCUUUGGUCGAGGAUCUUAUAGACUUCGUACUUAA